UUUCUGUUUUUGGUUCGCUGCGCUGGCUCUUGCGUGUUUUCGUUUCAUUCCGCGGAAAACCUUCAUCCGGUUCACCCAGCCAGCAGCCCAGCCAAGGUGCGGAAAAUUGAUUUUUCCCAGCCAGUCAGUUGUCUACGGUGUGUUUGUGUGUGUGUGUGUGUGUGUUUGAGGAAAACGCGAUUCGUGAUUUUUCUCACUCAAGUGGGUGAAUACUUCCCGGAGCGGGCGGCUACAGGUGAUCGAAAAGGUGGUUUGGUGUUCUGGAACCGGAAUUGAGCUCCCACUUGGCCGGAAAUGGACGCGUUAACAGACGAGGUUGAAUCCUUGGAGGCGAUCCUGAUGGACGAUGUUCAAAUCACCAGAAAUGAAAGCGGAUAUCCGGAGCUAAUCGAAACCACCGUAUUUCCAACCGUGGGCGAGGAAGUGGACAGCCAGUACGUGUGCAUCACGUUGCAGGUCCUCCCCGUGCCCGGUUACCCGGACGUGAAGCCCAACAUAAAGCUGAAAAAUCCGCGCGGGUUAGACGACCACAUCAUAAACUGUAUCGAAGCGGCCGUUCGUCAGAAGCUGGACGAGUGCCUCGGUUCGCCGGUGGUGUUUGACCUGAUCGACAUCAUUCGCGAGCACCUGACCGAGAGUAACCUCCCCACCGGCCAGUGUGUGAUUUGCUUGUACGGGUUCCAGGAGGGGGACGAGUUUACGAAAACGGUGUGCUAUCACUACUUGCACAGUCACUGCCUGGCGUGCCAUUUGAAGGCGUCGAAGAAGAAUUACGACGAAGAGUUGGCCAAGAUGCCGGGUUGGAAGCAGAAGGAAGCCAAGCCGUACCGGGCGCUGUGUCCAGUUUGUCGGGAGCCGAUCGAUGUUGACGUGGACCCGUUGAGCAAGUGUAGACCUCCGAAGGAACUGUCCAACGCGCCCCGGUUCCAACUGACCGAUGAGUUGAAGUCGCUGCAAGCACAAAUGAACCGACUCUAUCUGCACCAGAAGAGCCGCGGCGGAAUUAUCGAUUUGGACGCCGAGGAGGGAGGGGUGAUUUCGAUCGAGACCGAGACUCCCAACAGCGAGUCGCCGAAACGCACAAACAAUAUUGCACAAGAUGUUGCGGAGAAUCCGGUGGCGGCAGCGCCACCAGUUCAGAAGCAAAGCUCGCAUCAACACGUGGAUCGUGGAAACAAUUCUCGCCAUGGAGGUGGGAGGAACAACCCUGGCGGGAGCAAACAUUCCCACGGAAAGGGAAAGGCAAAUGUUGUCCAGAAUGGCAAUGCUCAAACGGCGGAUUCAAGCACGGCCGACGCUGGCGUCGGUGAAGGCCCCGAAGAGCACCACCAUUCGCAUUCGCAUCGCCACUAUCGUGGUGGACAUCGCCACCACCGGCGAAGCCAUCAUCACCAUCACCAUGGGCACAAUCGCAGCGCGGCCGGCGCGUCAUCUUCGUCGGGCGGAAACGCGGCCACAAACGGCAACGCGCCCCAGAAGAACUUAAACAAUCCGUGCGGAUCCGGCGCUAGGUGACAAAUGUUGCCCCCGGAACUGGAAGACUGGUGCGGAACGGCUCCGUUCGCCAACGGCCACCACCAGCAGCAGCAGCGGGUACUGCCCAACCCGAAUCAUUAUCCGCCGGCGGCGGCUGCUGCAACUCACCACCAUCAUCACCGACACCGCCAGCUGGUGGAUGACACUUCGACCCGGACGCAACUGCUGCUGAUAUAACAUUUGGCCAUCGAACCAGGUAACACAAUUUUUCAAUUUAAUCACACUUCUAGUAGCAAUAGACUAGCAGCAGCCACUUUACGACUGAUUAGAAUAUCAUUAAGGAAGCCAACGAGCGAGGCCAAAAAUUGCGCCGAAAUUGUGGCGGUGAUGAGUUGUGAUCUUUUAUAACGUUUCGGCGGAAUUCUUUUUGUAACUGACCUUAAGAGCAGAUUUAUGUGGCUGUGUGUGGGGGAAGCUAACUGCUUUGCAUUUUGUGGAUUGGUUGAUUGCAUUGAUAAAUCGUGAUUUACAUUUGAAAUAAUAGUAAAUUUCUUGAUAAACCAAAUACAUUUGAAGCAUUUGUAUUUUUUUCAGUAAUGCUUUCUAAAUCUUUGUAACACCCUUCAAAUAUAAAAGUCUAGGUAGUUAAGCCAUUACGUAACUGGAAUGACGUUGAAUAACGUAGUUCAUGUCAGUUUUGUUCAUACCGAUAGGUACAGUACUUGUUCGGUAACUGGGCUGAGAACGUACCAAAUUCUGCUCGCUAUACAACGUCCAGUUACCGAACAAGUACUGUACUAGAAAUUGAAUUUGUGUUACAUUUGUGUUUUGGAAGUGCAAUUCCAGAACAAAGGUUUAUGCGUUCUAGGUACUUCAAGUUCACAUCCGUGUGAGGGAAGCGCUUUUUCGGAGGCCAACCUUAUCUAUUAUAGGUACUUGUAAUACACGUCGGUGUUUGGGAACCACACAAUGUUCGGCCUUCUUUUGUUAGUUCAACCAUUGAGUUGUUGGAGAACGGAAUCGACGUAACACCUUAUAAUGCGGCCCUAUUAAACCUUGCGGUUUCGCCAACGGAUUCACAGGUGUGUAUCGUUCUUUUUGCGACAAGACUCCGCCUCCCGGGUCCCUAAGUGUGAAGGUAGAUUUUUUUGCGUACGCCUUGAGAUUCGAACCGGCCUCCAGUGCGAGGUCCGAUUGAUCCACACAGGCAGGCAGAGUUUUUGUAGAAAGUUUGAUAGAGAAGUACUGACAAAAUUUUGAAUCGAAAUGUGCAUAAAUCGUGCCAUUUGAAAAAAUAGUACCUAUUUUGGGUCUACUAAACUUAAUUCACCGAAAUUGAGCAUUUCACUAAAUCUGGCAGGAAUCUGCCACUUGAUAAUGAUACGUGCAGUCAUUAUCUUCAUGUUGGUGGGCAAGAAAAGUUUACUUUUUCCUUCUAAAUUAGAAAUAAAGCAUUGAAAAUAGCACUCUUCACUUUUUUCUUGGCAAAUUGCUAAUUGCCCAUUAGGGCGAAAAUUUUCACCACUUUUGCUUGCCGCUUGUUGACACUCAGCGCCCGGCUUUCAUCACUCAGCACACGAAUGAGAGCCGUCCCCCGAAUCUCCAACCACCGGCAAUUAGGUUUUACAGCGUGACGUCACGAGCGCACACGCACACACAUUUUUACAGAGACACACGUGCAAAAAAUGUAAACAGUGCAGCCAAGCGUAAAACCUAAUAUGUUUUUAUUGAUGGGUUGCACGAUCCCGUUGCAAAAACAAUCGCGUAACUACCAAAUCACUAAUUAGGUUUUACGCCGACUCGGUUUUGAGGUUAGAAAUUUGACAGCUUGGCUGCACUGUUUACAUUUUUUGCACGUGUGUCUCAGUAAAAAUGUGUGUGCGUGUGCGCUCGUGACGUCACGCUGUAAAACCUAAUUGAUUAAAAUUACUUCGUCCAUCUCGGAUAAUGGCUCUAUAUACAGCCCAUUUGACACUUCUACAAAUUCUGUCAGUGUUUGUGCAAAUUUCACAAGUUAAGUCUUUCUUGAAUAUUACGGGCUUGAUGUUUGGCUACGCAACAAAUGUUUAAUUAUGUUUAAAACUCGUAAAGAAUGAUAUAAAUCAUGUACAAGCUCAUUAUAGUGUUGAUUCAAGGCUGUAUAUAUAUACCAUGGUGUGAAAGCCAUGGUGUUGAUUUGUGUCUUAAAACAUCACAAUGAUUGAGCAUGUUUGUUGACCGAAUUUGUGCGGUUGUGCUGUACGAGCUGGGGCUGAACCGUACGUCAAAAAAGUUCGCCACGUUGUUCGAGAUUUCAACCAAUCAGAAGGUAUGCCGAAAAUAUGCAUAAAGAAGGUCGUAUGCUAGGAGCAUUAUCCCCAAAAUAGGGACAACAAAUGUUUUAGUUUCUCGGGCUUUUACAGCAAUAUAAGCAAUAUAAGGUAUACCAAUUUAUUCAUGUAAUAAAAGCCAGGCUGCCUAUAUCAGCCUUUAAGAAUACAUCAAAUUAAAAGUGCGCUCGGCUUAGUAGGCCCAAAAUAGGGACAAAUACCAUGGAACGAUUUUCAGAAUUUUGAAACAAUAAGCAUUACACAACAAAUUUUGGAAAGCAAUUUCAGCAAGUUAAAUAACUGAAUGCGAUUCAGUAAUCAUCACUUUUGCUGAAAUUCGACAAUGAAACAAAAUUAUUGCUGAAAAUCAGUAAACAGUAAAUCUGUCAAACACUUAUGACUUACUGAUUGUGUUGUGUAAUGUGUCUAAUUUUGACAUUUUGUUACGCACCAACAUUGUCCACUGAAAUUCUGUAAAGUUCUCUGAUUUUUCAUCAAAUAAAAUUUUAGUAAAAGAUUCAGCAAUUAAGAUUUUACUGAAUACUCAAAGAGCUAUUACACCACCACAAACAAGUUUGACAGUUUGCAAAACUCGCAAACAAGGCAAAAUGUAUGCAGGCUGACGUUUGUACAAACAAAUCCAGGCAAACUGUCAGAAAGUGCGAGUUUGUUUGCCGUAGUGUAAUAAAUAGUUCCUUUAGUUAAUUGAUAUUUGUAAUUUUGACAAAUCAAUGACUGACAUUUCAGUAAAACGGUUGUCAAAAAAAAAAAACUGGAAUUUCAGCAAACAAAAUGAAAAUUGAGCAAUAAUUUUGUUUCAUUGAUGAAUUUCAGCAAAAGUGAUGAUUACUGAAUCGCAUUCAAUUAUUUAUUUUGCGACGGAAUUACAAAAAAGAGAAUUUAAAAUAUUUAGAAAAAAAUGAAGAUUCACCAAUCAAAACAGUUAGCAAAUCCAUAGAAAAUGAUUGACUGAGCAUCGUUCUGAUACCACUGGUAUGGAUGUGUGCAAAUGCAAGGUAAAGUAAACAGGAAACGGAUGUGAUUUUAAACUAUGGUUAAGUCGUCCAAUUUUUAAGUCGUCCUCAGUUGUGUCCACCCACAUUCGGUGCUGAUAAUUUCACACGCCUUCUAGCGUUCCGAUUUCGGUUGUUUUUUUUGCGUAAAUUUGUUCAAAGCUCCACGAUAUUUCAUGGCAAAAACCAGAUGAUAUUCUAAUCCAUCGAAUUGGAACAUACUCAACAAUAUUCAAAAUUAUGCAAACCAAAAUAUUCAAACCACUAGGAAUCAGCUGCAAUAGAUUAAACGAACAAUUAUAACAAAUAAACAGUAAAUCAAUGUAGUACGCGGAAUACAUUCCUCGCCAGAGUACCGUAGACGUACCGGAGUCGAUUUCGAUGUUUGUGUGAAUGUAGUCUAAAAGAAACUUCUCCUCCGAGAGGGAAACCCUGAGCACACCAGAUUUGUGCAUCCUCAGUUAAUUGUGUGAUUUUGUGUCCUUCAACUUGGUUCAUCCUUAAAGAAAAACAGUCUAAGUUUACCGUGUAGCAGUUUUAAACCUUUCGAACGCUUUUAGAGCGUGCCAAAAAACUAACUAACUAAAACUCACUGUACUAUCUCUGACACACAAAACAAACUUAUUCAAUGGACUGUAAUUACGAGGGACAUCCUAGAGGGGUGUCCUAGUUUGUGCAACAUUGAAGGAUAUCUGGCAACCUGAAAAAAAAGUUAAUAUAUGGAACAUCAAUUCAAUUCUUACCUUUAACUCAAGCAAAUCGCAUCACCAAUCAAAUAUACUUAAAGGCAAAUAGUUGUAGGGGUCAAAAUUUCAAUGUAAUUUCAAUGAAAUGAGUAAAAAAAAGAAAAGAAAAGUACGAAGCGUGUCGCAUGCCAUUCUUGAAAGUAAACCAGUCAAAGCUAAACUAUA